CGUUCGGCAAUGCUCACAGCUGUCUGCGGCUCUCUCGGGAACCAGCCCUCCGACGCGCCCCGCGCCACCCCGAGCCGCCUGGACCUGCAGCCGCUGCAGCCCCCCGGCAGCGCCGCGCCGGGCGCCGACUUCGCCUCCCCGCUGCCGCCGCCGGAGCUGCCGCUGGCGGGGCCCGAGGCCGGCUUCCCGGCCCCCGGCGCCUACGAGCCCCAUGGCCCCGCGCGGCUAGAGCUGCCCGCCGACGGCCCUGCCGCCCCCGGCCCCUACGCCAAGCUGCUGCAGGCGGCCCCGGACAUGGCGCAUCCCUACGAGCCCUGGUUUCGGCCCCCGCCCCCCGGCACCGCUGCCGGCGGCGAGGACGGCGGCGGUGGUGUCAACUGGUGGGACCUGCACGCCGGCGCCAGCUGGAUGGAGCUGCCCCACGGGCAGGGCGGGCUGCAGGUGCCGGGGCUCCCGCCGGCGCUGGCGGGCUACGGCGCGGGGGACCCCCAGCUCUGCGGCCCCCCGGCCCAUCUGCUGCCCCCGGCCCAGCACCUCCUGGCGCCGGAGGGGGCCAAGGCGCUGGAGGGGCCCCCCGAGGCGGAGGGCGGCGGGCGGCCCAAGAGCGCGCGGCGCGCCGUGCCGCGGGGCGCCGGGCAGGCGGCGUGCCGCUGCCCCAACUGCCAGGAGGCGGAGAGGGGGGGGCCCUGCCCCGAGGGCGCCAAGCGGAAGCACCUGCACAACUGCCACAUCCCCGGCUGCGGCAAGGCGUACGCCAAGACGUCCCACCUGAAAGCCCACCUGCGCUGGCACAGCGGCGACCGGCCCUUCGUCUGCAACUGGCUCUUCUGCGGCAAGCGCUUCACCCGCUCCGACGAGCUGCAGAGACACCUCCAGACCCACACGGGCACCAAGAAGUUCAGCUGCCCCGCGUGCGGCCGGGUCUUCAUGCGCGGCGACCACCUCAGCAAGCACAUGAAGACGCACGAGGGGGCCAAGGACGGAGGCGAGCCCGAGGCCAAGGGCGCGGGGGACCCGGCGGCCGGCAAGGGGGGCCGGAGGGAGCCCGAGGGGGCCAGCGCCGCCCCCACAAACUGA